ACUGCUUGUUGUGCUAUAAAUAAGCGAACGGAAAGUCAGUUACCAUAAGAAGAUGGUCUACUUUGCAUACAACCACAUAGUCUUCGUCUCUCUGUUGGCAUUUGUAGCCGUAAACGCACGUGCAAAGUUGAAUGAACUACAGGUCGAACUGUUGGAAAAAACUACCGCAGGUUUUGCACGCGAAAUAUUUCAGAAAGUGGUAGACAUAGAAGAAUUCCUACAAGAUUAUAAGAACACGAUUCUCAGUGAACAUGCAAGCUCAAAAAGAGAAAUAGAAAAGUAUUUGGACUGUUUGCAAACUGCUUACAAAUACUUUUAUGGAGAGACUGCGUUUGACGCAAUUGAAAAGGUUCUCUUCCUAAAGAUUGACGACAGUAUCCCCCUAGAGAAUUACUUCAAAGUCGAUGAAAUGGUGAAGCAUGCCCGGGAAAAAGCCUUAGCAUAUACUAGUAAGUAGCAUUUUAUUACGCUAACCAGUCUGAAUUGUUUCGUCUGUGUGGAGUAACGAUUUUCGAAAUGCCAGUCUCCACACAUCUCUUGUAAAUUUGAGUUAAUAAUCAAGCUGUAUGUCUACUCUUACUCGCCCAUGUAUAGAAAAGAAGGAGGAGUUCCCUGUACACAAAUGUUCACAACAUAUACCUUCAGUGCUUCAAAAAGGUAUUUGUUUGCUCUUUUUCACAUUCUUGAUGAAAUGAAUAACAUUUUCACAUACACCUACGCUGAGGGUAUAUUUCCACAUGUCACAAUACUUUCAUCAUGAUUUGAACUCAUGAACAUCCAGCUCUUAUUGUACGAUAGUCAAUGAUGAGUGUUUUCCUGAAUCAGGUUAUAAUGUGUGAAGGAGGAUGAACAAUUUUAGCGUUCAGAAUGCCUUCACUCGUCUUCAAAUACACUCUUUUUAGAUAAUGGGAUUUUGAGUAGAAACACACACUGAAAGACAACUUGUUGAACGUGAAACUGAAUCAGCACUAAUAUAACGACGUGAUGGCUACACUUUGAACAUCGUGAAUUCUUGACAUAGUGCAAGUGGAUGAUUUUGUAGAGUAGUCAAUGAUUCGAAUCUGUGCGCGAAACACAUUGUUUUGCAUCAUUUCAUGUCGCAUAAUUUCGGGUAUUUACUUCGUAGUAUGAUUGUGAGAAAUUCACUCUGCAAGAUAUUCGUUCAUAUAUCAUUUCAGAGGCGCAAGAAGUGGAUAAACUACACAAAAGUCUAUUCAAAUUGAAGUACGAGAUUGGCGUGCUUAUGUUUGGCGUGAAACUAUACGCAACCUUAUUGAAACAGUUGAAAGAAAAUCGAGGAGAAGUACCAGAAUGAAUGUCAAAGUCAGCGUGAAACUGAAUAGAUGUAGCUUGUAGACGCUUUCAUAAAUAUUUUAUUUUGAAUUAAAUUAAAUAAAUCUCUUUUCUGCUACACAGCUUUCUCUUCAUGAGAUCAAACUUCAUUCAAAUGGUGGUUGUGAUCGGGUGUGGUUAAUAUUUGAAUUCUCUGUGGUUUGUCGUUGUCGGAUAUGUGUAAAUGUGAGAUUGGUCAUCAGGUGGCUGUUAGGAGAUUGAGUCUCUUCAGUAGAGUGUGCUUCAGAUGCUUCUGAGCGUGUAUUAUUCACACACAUGAGUCAUGUGGCAGAUGCAAUCAGACCCACUGUUUUAUCGACAAACAAUGGUAUGAAGACAUAUACGCGUCACCGACCUCAUUUCGAUUACAAUUGAGUCAGUGUCUUUUGAGGAG